AGGGUUAAAAACGUGAACCGGAAGUUUAUCCCGGGCCUGUAUAAAGACACUUCCUGUGCUCCUCUUGAAAGCAACAUACAUUGAAACAUUAAUGGCUUGACGUUACAUAAACUCCAGAUACACGAAGCUAAAACCAGCAGCACAAGAUGAACUACGUACCGGGGACGGCCAGCCUCAUCGACGACAUCGACAAGAAGCACCUGGUGCUGCUCCGGGAUGGAAGGACUCUGAUUGGCUACCUCAGGAGCAUCGACCAGUUCGCUAAUUUAGUUUUUCACCAGACAGUCGAGCGCAUCCACGUGGGGAAGAAGUUUGGAGACAUCCCCCGAGGAAUCUUCAUCGUGAGAGGAGAGAAUGUGGUGCUGCUCGGAGAGAUAGAUGUGGAGAAGCCCUGCGACGCCGUCCUGCAGCAGGUCUCCAUCGAGGAGAUCCUGGAGGAGCAGCGGUUGCAGCAGCAAGCCAAACAGGAGACGGAGAAAGUCAAAAUAGCCGCCCUGAAGGACCGAGGCCUUUCCAUCCCCAAAGCCGACAACUUGGACGAAUACUGACCCCGACUCCACCAGCCUCUUUCUCACUUUGUCUCGGACUGUUUUACGUUGGAUUUGGGUUUAUGAGAGCAUGAGUGUUUUUGUUUUUGUGGGUGCGAGGCUGCAUCAUGCCGGGCCUGUUCGCCGUAAUGUACUGUGUGAAUCUCAUUUGAAUAAUAUGUGGAGAGAGAGAAAAGAAGGUGUGACUGCUGCUCUCAGUUCUGCAGAAAGAAUCAUGUGUCGACGUAAGAUCACUCUGUUGUCAACGUAACUUAGCAUUUAUUUUACAGCAGCACUUUCUAUUUUGUCGGUGAUAUGUUGAGCCUUUUUAUUUGGAGAGAUGUGUGGGCCUGCUAAUGACAAAAACUACAUGCUAUGCUCCAUUAAAGAGUUUAGUUUUUCAUUA